AUGGAUUGGCUUCGCGAAUGGUUUUUCCCAGCGAUCGUUGGUUACUAUCAUUUUGCCGCACAACGACAAGCGCAAAUCGCCCCAGCCGCGUACUUCCUUCUGUUCCAUGUGACGAAUUUGCCAUUGUCAUAUGCAUCUAUAAUAUACACCGUCUUUAUCUUUACUCCAUAUCUCAUUUCCCAUGUCCUUGGAGCACUCAACUAUUACGAAAGCAUUUCACCGAAAGUUCAUGUGUAUUCGCAAAAAGUUACCCUACUUGGUCUACGAGUAGCUUUUCGGAACACACCAUUUUAUAUUCGAAAUUUUGGGAGAAAAUUUCCUAUCAAACGUUUACCAACAGAGCUUCGAGAUGCUAUUCUAGUAAAAGUACGCUUAAACGAUGCCCUUCGACUGUUAUUAAUCCCAGAAAUUGCACCACGUCAAAUAGUUUCCCCGGUUUUCUCGUAUUGGCCACAUCAAGUCCAAGCGGUGCAAUGUGUCCAUGUUUCGCCGGUGACUUCGAUGCUGUGCGUCUCGUCGGAUCGUCGUGAAAGUGAGCAAACGUUAAGCAUCUUUCUUCACUUGUUUCCUCGAAUGAAGAAGCCACAUUUUUAUUACGGAGGAUAUGACUAUACUAAAGAGGACUUUAGACGCGGUGAUGAUGUGCGAAAAAACAUCACGCGGUUGUGUGAAAAUGGUGAUGAAGCAGUCGAUCAAAUGUGCGACAACUUGAUGGGUGACUAUUUGACAAUGACUAACACAUGUGCCCCACAUGCAAACAUCAAACUUUUUGUUUUCAUACACCAAAAUCUCCCAUCAAAAGAUUGCGAAUUUAUUCGCUUGCUGGAAAAUGUAAGAACAGUUUACUGGAAAUCGCUAGCGGUUUACGAGUUCGAAAAACGACAAAGAGAGAUCUCCAGGAAAUGCCAGAAGCAUCUCAACCAUGCGGACAAAAUUUCGACUCAUACUCGACGGAAAUCAUUGAUUCCGAGAAUUGUACAGACUCAA